AUGUCGUCGGAAGUCUUCCGCAGAGUGGGCCGCGGAGGUGCGGGGAAUUGGUAUAGUAGGAGGGACGUUGAAGAGGCCGAGAAGGCGGCUGCUGAUCUCGAGGCGCAAAAGAAGUCUUCCGGUUCCACCUCGCCAACGACGCUCGAGCGCUCCAUCACCGCGCAGACCAGUCUCGGCAGCUCGCGCGCCGGCGGUCGCGGCGGCGCGGGGAACUUUUACGACGCCUCGGCAACCGACGCGGCCGCAGCCGCUCAGCAGGAGGAGGAGAAGGAGGCCGAGCUCGAGGAGCUGACGCGCGUUGUUACAGCCAGCAUCCAGCGGCCAAACCUCUCCGGCCGGCUGAGCGGGCGCGGCGGCGCGGGCAACUACAGCGACAACGCGGCGCGAUCAGCCCAGCAGCGGAUGGACCCGGAGCAGCAGCGCAAGAUGAUAGAGGAUCUUAACGCGAGGGUGUUGCAGGAUGUGGAGGCCGGAUUGGCGAUGCCGAGACCGGCGUAUCAUGCCAAGUUUGAGCUGAAGCACGAGAGGUUGGUGUCUGCUGAGCCUUGA